GCGAGCGGCGUGGAGCGGAGCCUGGGGCUGCAGCAGCGCUGGGCCCCGGAGUAGGACGCCCGCGACGAGGAGGGAAGGCUGGGCCGCGAAGACCCCGAGGACCCGAUCUCCUUGGAUUUUGGGGGAGCCUCCCCCUUGUCUUCAGACGCCCCCUCCUCACCCCCCAGCCCCGGCCGCUGACGGGAGGAGGCGGCGGCGGGCGGGGGGCUGAGGGGCGCCGCCAUGGCUCUCCCGCGGUGAGGCGCCGGGCCGCGAGCAGCCGCGCAGUCUCCCCGGUGAUGUCCCGCGGGCGGCAGGCGAAAGCGACUCACUCGAGCCCCGGGGUGAAGGCCUAGCGUAUCCAGCUUCCUUCCUCCUCCUCCUCCUCGCCCCCCGUCCUCCCUCCCCGCCCCUCCGCCGUCCCUCCCCGCCGCCCCUCCGGCAGCGAUGGCAGAGGAACAACAGCCGCCACAGCAGCCCGACGCCCAUCAGCAGCGGCCCCCCAGCGCCCCCAGCUCGGGGGUGGCCCUGCCAGCCCUCGUGCCCGGGCUACCAGGGACGGAGGCCAGCGCGCUGCAACACAAGAUCAAGAACUCCAUCUGCAAAACUGUACAAUCUAAAGUGGACUGCAUUUUGCAAGAAGUUGAGAAGUUUACAGACCUAGAGAAACUCUACCUCUAUCUGCAGCUGCCUUCCGGCGUCAGCAACGGAGAGAAAAGUGAUCAGAAUGCUGUGUCCUCUAGUCGGGCCCAGCAGAUGCACGCCUUUUCCUGGAUUCGGAACACCUUGGAGGAACAUCCUGAGACUUCACUGCCCAAACAGGAAGUCUAUGAUGAGUACAAGAGCUAUUGUGACAAUCUUGGUUACCAUCCAUUAAGUGCUGCUGACUUUGGAAAGAUAAUGAAAAACGUCUUUCCAAAUAUGAAGGCACGGCGCCUGGGCACGAGAGGCAAAUCUAAAUAUUGCUACAGUGGAUUAAGAAAAAAAGCUCUUGUUCAUAUGCCAACACUGCCCAACCUUGACUUUCACAAAACUGGAGAUGGGUUGGAAGGUGCUGAACCUUCUGGGCAGCUUCAAAAUAUUGAUGAGGAAGUUAUCUCUUCUGCCUGCCGUCUUGUGUGUGAGUGGGCCCAGAAAGUGUUAAGCCAGCCAUUUGACACAGUCUUGGAAUUAGCCCGCUUCCUUGUAAGAAGCCAUUAUAUAGGCACCAAGUCACUGGCAGCUCUAACUGUGAUGGCCGCAGCACCAGCAGGAAUUAAGGGACUCACCCAGCAGUCUGCAUUUAUGCCCACAGCUGAAAGUGACUCCUUUCAGCCUCAGGUGAAGACUCUGCCAUCUCCUAUUGAUGCUAAACAGCAGUUGCAACGGAAAAUCCAAAAGAAGCAGCAGGAACAGAAACUACAGUCCCCUUUGCCAGGAGAAUCCUCAGCAAAAAAAUCAGAAGGCUCUACAAGCAAUGGAGCCACCAAUGUUUCUAACGGAAACCCCGCAAUCCUUUCUCCUCAGCCUAUUGGUAUCGUGGUGGCAGCUGUCCCGAGUCCCAUUCCGGUCCAGCGGACCAGGCAAUUGGUAACUUCACCAGGUCCAGUGAGUUCUUCUGAUGGCAAAGUUCUUCCCCUCAAUGUCCAGGUGGUCACUCAGCACAUGCAGUCUGUGAAACAGGCACCAAAGACUCCCCAGAAUGUUCCAGCCAGUCCUGGUGGGGAUCGUUGUGCCCGGCACCGUUACCCGCAGAUCCUGCCCAAGCCAGCCAACAGCAGUGCCCUCACCAUCCGCUCCCCCACAACCGUGCUCUUCACUAGCAGUCCCAUCAAAACUGCUGUCGUACCUGCUUCGCACAUGAGUUCUCUGAAUGUGGUGAAAAUGACAGCAAUAUCCCUCACACCCAGCAACGGUAGUGCCCCUCUUAAACACUCUUCCUCGGUAAACAGCGCUACGGGAACGACAGACGAAUCCAGGAGCGUUCCACAGAUCAAGAAUGGCUCUGUUGUUUCCCUUCAGUCUCCUGGAUCCAGGACCACCAGUGUGGGGGGAACGUCUGCUGUGGAAGUCAAGAUGGAACCUGAGACGUUAUCCGAUGAGCGUCCUGUGCAGGGUCCAGAGAACUCUGAUGGGGCUAGGGCUCCUAGAACAGCACCUAGUGCCCUUUUGGGGCAGAAGAGUAAUACAGAUGGAGUACUGCAGAAGCCUUCCAGCGAAGGGGUCGUUGAAGUAAAAGCAACUAAGGUCUGUGACCAGAGGACCAAAUGUAAAAGUCGCUGUAAUGAAACUCUGCCAGGCGCUUCAGCAGGCAGUAAUCAAGGCACUGUCACGCUCUCAGUUGCAACUCAGAACUUAACUUUCACCAGCACCAGCUCACCAUCUAAUGGUGACUCGGUAAAUAAAGACCCUAAAUUCUGCACUAAAAGUCCGAGAAAGCGGCUAUCUUCUGCGUUACAAGAGUCCCAGGUGCCUCCUGUGAAGAAACCAAUUGUGGAACAGCUUUCUGCAGUUGUCAUAGAAAGUCAGAAACCAGGCAGUGUUAAGAAGGACCAAAAGGUUCCACAUUCAGGGAAAACAGAAAGUUCAACAGCAGGUGCUCAGAUUCCUGGCAAGGUAGUGAUAAAUGUCAGUUCACACGUAGUGGCAAGUCAACCCUUGAGCUCCUCUGCUCUUACUCCCAGUGAUUCAGGCUUGGAACAGCAGACAACGCCGUCAUCAUCUCCAGAAACAAAAGUAAAACUUGAAGGAAGUGUCUUUCUCUUGGACAGUGAUUCCAAAUCAGAUGGCAGCUUUAAUGCAAAUGAAUGGCAACAGGUCACUAAGGAUUCUGAGUUUGUAUCUGACAGCUGUGAACAACGGCAGGAUGUCAGUGUUGUGGCAAUGCCGGAGCACUCCGAUAUCACCGACUUGGAGAAGUCAGUUUGGGAAUUAGAAGGAAUGCCGCAGGACACAUACGGCCAGCAGCUACAUAGCCAGAUGCAGCAAUCUUCUUUGAAUCAAAUACAAGCACAGUCUUCAGAUCAGUUACCUCUGCAGUCAGAACUGAAGGAGUUUGAGUCUUCGGUUUCUCAGACAAAUGAGAGCUACUUUCCUUUUGACGAUGAGCUUACACAAGACAGUAUUGUGGAAGAGCUGGUGCUUAUGGAGCAGCAGAUGUCCAUCAACAGUGCUCACUCCUAUAGUAACUGUUUGGGAAUGACCCUGCAGACUCAGUCAGUGACUUCGGGAGCCCCAGUGUCAUCGCAUGCCUCCAGCACCCACUUCUAUCACCCAAUCCAUAGCAAUGGCACUCCAAUCCACACCCCCACACCCACUCCUACACCAACACCCACCCCCACCCCCACCCCCACCCCGACAUCUGAAAUGAUUGCUGCGUCUCAGGGUCUGUCACGGGAGAGCCCGUGUUCCAGGCUUGCCCAGACUACACCUGUGGAUAGUGCUUUAGGAAGUAGCCGACACACACCCAUUGGGACCCCACAUUCUAACUGUAGCAGUAGUGUUCCUCCCAGCCCUGUUGAAUGCAGGAAUCCAUUUGCAUUUACCCCAAUAAGUUCUAGUAUGGCGUAUCAUGAUGCCAGCAUUGUCUCAAGUAGUCCCGUGAAGCCGAUGCAAAGACCCAUGGCCACCCACCCUGACAAAACCAAGCUUGAAUGGAUGAAUAAUGGGUAUAGUGGGGUUGGUAAUUCAUCAGUGUCCAGCCAUGGCAUUCUCCCGAGCUAUCAGGAGCUAGUGGAUGACCGUUUCAGGAAACCUCACGCUUUUGCUGUACCUGGACAGUCUUACCAGUCUCAAUCUAGACAUCAUGACACUCAUUUUGGUCGUUUGACUCCUGUCUCUCCUGUGCAGCAUCAAGGUGCCACUGUAAAUAACACCAACAAGCAGGAAGGUUUUGCAGUCCCUGCCCCUCUUGAUAAUAAAGGAACCAGUUUGUCUGCCAGCAGCAGCUUCCGGUGCCGGAGUGUGAGCCCUGCUGUUCACCGCCAGCGGAAUCUCAGUGGAAGCACCCUCUACCCGGUGUCUAACAUCCCACGAUCUAAUGUGGCCCCCUUUGGAAACACGGUAACCCCAGAAGUUCACGUUUUCACAAAUGUUCACACGGACACAUGUGCCAACAACAUAGCUCAGAGGAGUCAGUCAGUUCCACUGACCGUCAUGAUGCAGACAGCCUUCCCGAAUGCGCUUCAGAAGCAAACAAACAGUAAAAAGAUAACCAACGUCUUGUUGAGUAAACUUGAUUCUGACAACGAUGACGCAGUGAGAGGCCUGGGAAUGAACAACCUGCCCUCCAAUUACACAGCCCGGAUGAAUCUCACUCAGAUCUUGGAAACUUCCACUGUUUUUCCUAGUGCCAACACUCAGAAUAUGAUCGAUUCCAGCACUUCUGUUUAUGAAUUCCAAACACCAUCUUACCUCACCAAAAGUAAUAGCACCGAUCAGAUCAACUUUUCUUCUGGAGAUAAUCAAGCACAAUCAGACAUUGUAGAGCAACGAUUAGAUUUCAGUAGCACUGUUAAAGACCUGUUGAGUGGAGACAGCUUGCAAACCAGCCAGCAACUGGUAGGUCAGGUAGCAUCUGAUCUCGCUAAUUCUGCAUCUGAUUUCUCCAGCGAUAUCAGGUUGUCUUCUGAGCUCUCAGGCAGCAUCAAUGAUUUGAAUACUUUAGAUCCAAAUCUACUGUUUGAUCCAGGUCGUCAGCAGGGACAAGAUGAUGAAGCUACACUGGAAGAAUUAAAGAAUGACCCAUUAUUUCAACAAAUUUGCAGUGAAUCCAUGAGCUCCAUGACUCCGUCAGGUUUUGAAUGGAUAGAAAGCAAGGACCAUCCUACUGUUGAAAUGUUGGGUUAAAUUGUGUUUUAUAAUAUGUAGCACACUGUAUCUAAAGACAUAUGUAUUGUAUUUGUCUUAAUGGAAGUGCCUCCGCAGCAGAAACACUUACUAUUAAUUGUGACAUUUUAAAAGCGUUUGCUGCAGAAGUGGUUUCUUCUCCAAUAGGAAAUGGUUAGACUUGCCACAGUUUUUAACAAGUUUCUGAAGACAGUAAGUAGGCUGUAGAAGAACCAGUAUUAGGUUUUAAAUUUUAUAAUGUUCCCCAUUUAAUCACAUUGUUAGCUAGUAAACAAUUGACUAACCAGCUUUCACAAGCGCAGUCUAGAUCUUUAUUUUGUGUAAGUUUAUUUUAAUUCAUUGGUUGAUCUGCACAGAAUUUAGAAGGAACCAUUGAUUUUAGGUACAGGCUAUUUUUUUUGUUGUUGGUAUUAUCUUUUAGGUAUGAAAUCAUAGCUGAGGUGAACUGUAGACAAGAAGGUCUUCCUUGAAACAGGGAUAAUAUUCAGGUUAUUAUAAGUAUUUAGGCUUGAAGCAUAAAGCUGCUGUAGAAUGAAAAAUCUCUGUAGGACUUUCUGGGCUUCAGUACCAUUUACACCUACAAUGAAGGGCUUAAAUAGGACAAAAUAAUGGAAAAUUAAGUAUUAUUUUAAGGAAGGCAAAAGCUACACGGAAAAGUUUAGGAGGAAAAACUAGUAGCCAUUUAUAUGUGUGACCUUGCAUUCGCCUUAUCUUAAAUAAAUGUUGAUUUUAGCUGACAGACACACACAUGAAGCAAAAUAACUUCCAAGCUCCGUAAUUUAAUAGAGAAUGCAAGCUUGUUAGGAAAACGUUUCAUGUUUUAUUGUUUGGUAGUUGAGGUAGGAGAAUUUAGAAGAAAAAUACAAGUAUUAGUUUUCAUCACAGCUGCAUGCACAUGAAAGUUCUAUUUAAGAUUUUCUUCAAAUUUUUUUAAUUACAAUAUUCUUUAAUCUUUUUUUUUUUUCCUCCUCAAUUUAGUGACUGACUCCUUUGCUCCUCCUGAAUAUAAGGAAUGCAACUUGAUCAUGGGAUCCCUUUGAAAAUGAAACAAGCAGGAGGGAGAUAACAUAAAAAAACUAAAACAAAAAUAUCUUACCACCUAAGGUCUGAAACCACAGAUCUUUAUAUUCGAUAAAACAAAGGGAAUAUCAGUAGUACUUGAAGAAGAGGGGCAUUUUAUUACAUGCUUAAUUUAUUGUGAUAGCCACAAUUGCAAAAGAAGCACUCAGGAUUUGUUUUAAAAUGUUUCUCUUUAUGGCUCCCAUUUUGUUUUGUUUCAUUGUUGUUCCCAUUUUGUUUUAUGAAUAAUUAUAUAUGAAUUUCAUGUUGGCACAAAUCUGUUCACUUGUUGAUAGUUCCAUUUAGUGAGUUUCAAGAUCACUUUCAAGGAGAUUUAAAAAUUGUCAUUAAGUUUUUAGAGCUAACGUUAAACCAUCGUUAGGCUACCUUGAACCUUGCUAAGCUUUCCUUUACCUUAAUUAGUAAGCCAAUCAGAAGACUACAAUCAGUGAAUACUUAACAAAUAUGAUGAAGGGUUUAAUUUAAUAAGGUUUUAUUGUUCAGUAAAUUUGCAAGGUAGAGUAUCAACAUAUUUUGAUAAAUAAAUGGUGCUAGGGUUGGCUCAGAGGUUUAUAUAUUGAUAUGUCCUAGUUAUUGGCAUUUGUGUGUGUUUGCUGUUACCUUGAUUUACUAAUCUGCUAGAUACUUUCUUCUUGAUGCUCAUUACUUCUUCACUGUACAUUGAGACACAGCACUACUGCACGCCAAAGUAUGCAAUACCCAAAGGAAACUGUGAUUUCUUUGACAAUGACGGGAGCCUUCUAUAUGAGAUGCUCUGAAAUGGAGAUGUUGAGACCAUUCUGAUCCCUUGUUUACAUUAUUAGCUUCCUACUAAUAUAAAAAUAAUGGAAAUCUUUUUUGAUAAAAAUAUAAAGACUGGGGGAUUUUUAAACCCCUGUACAGUAUUGCAGCAAACACUUUAAAUUUGGUUAAAUUCGUCCAGCAAACUUUCUGGGGUUCAUAUAUUGCACUAAAUUUGUUGACCCUGUGGUAGGCACAUCUCUUAGGAUAAAUGCAACCAAUACAAUCCACAGAUUAAACUUUUUAGAUGUGUUUCAUUAUUAAAAGACAAAAUGUCAUCAAAGUGACAGAUAAAAUUGUCUUAUGUAGCAAUGUGCAUUGAUCUCAAUGAGAUAUUUCUAUUAUUCUCUUACAUGAGAAUAUUACAGCAGGAAAAAUUUAGUUUGCUUCACCAUGUUAAUACAUGAUCACAAAAUGUGCAUGAGUGUUAUUGACUUGUACAGUACUAGGUAUUCCUGUAACCACUUUUUUUUUUCUUGGCUAUAUUGAAACUGGUUCAGUGUUAACCAGGCAAGCAUAGUUAUUCACAAGUUAUUUACUUUUUUAUGUUUUACUAAUUCUGCUUAGUUAUUGUUGAAUAUGUUCUUUUCUCAGAUUUUCAUUGUUCUGAUGUUUAAAACAUUUUGCAUAACGUUUAUCAUGAUAAGACUUCAUGAAGUAAGUAAUUUUGCAUAUAAUUGCAAUAAGCACUGACUUUUGAACUGAAAAGAAGUGUUUUUGUGCAGUGCAUCAGAGGUUCAUAUGAUAGCCUUGUACUAUAAUGUGCUUUACUACACCAUCCAUGACAAAAACAAGCCCUGUUUCAUGUUUUCAUUUAGUGAAAAAAGUCAGAUUUCCCCAGUGUUCAGUUGUCUGUUGUUGUACCUGCUGAAACUACAGUAGUUGAAUAUUGCAGUAGCAUUUCAGUUCUCUUUUUUUAUUGAAAGUGCUCAAAAAUUGUUUUUUAAAUGUUUUCAAAACCAAUUAAAAACAUUUUAUAUUAAACUGGUUCUUAAAGUGAUUUAUGUGAGCAGCAUGCCAUUUUGUAAACAGACCCAAUGCCGUUCAUCCUUUGAUCUCACGAAAUUCAGGGAAGCAGAUAGAAUCAACACAAGGCAAAACAGUGCUGCUAAUGUGCUCCCUGCUGUUAUUCCCGAAGGAUACACAACCCUGCUCGUUGGAACUUUGCUGCUGCCAGUGGUAUAUACCAUGGUAUACCAAUGAUAUGCCAGUGGUAUACCAGUGAUAUGCCCAUGCUAUACCAAUGGUAUGCCUGUGUUAUGCCAUGAUAUUGCCAAUGGUAUACCAAUGAUAUGCCUAUGGUAUGCUAAUGCCAGUGGUAUGUACCAUGGUAUACCAAUGAUAUACCAGUGGUACAGAGCUUUAUGUUGUCCAAAAAGCCAUCUUUUCUCUUAUUCACGUUUGCUUUGAAACGAUAGCCUCUGGAGGGUGGCCUAGAUGUGUGUGUUUUCAGGGGGGUUAGUAGGAAAAAGAAAAUUAAAAAGUACAACUGUGUUCAAAACCCACAUAAGCAUUUCCUUGAGCUAGAAAUACAAAAUGGUAACAAUUUGUAAGCCUGAGCCUGGGCUGUAGUUGUGGAAGCAGUCAGAAAUUUCAACUCCUGCAGAGUAAUGAAGCCAAGAUCUGAGAUGGAGUGCCUUCCCUCUUGAAAGGACACUGAGAAGCAAUAAGACCCAGUUCCUGAGGCUGCAACAUUGUAGCCAGGGCCUGAGCCAAACCUACUCAGUGAUGUGUGAGAGCCCCAUUGCCAGCAUGCACCAUCACCAUUACAGGUGGGGUGAUCAUAAAAGGAAAGACAAGGGUAGGUUUUGGGAGGAGAGGGGUGAAGAGCAGAAAGAUUGCCACUCAAGCCUGCAAACCGAAAUUAGAAAGCACUCUAAGAAAAUAAAACUAAGGAAGUAAUCAAGACAAAAAAUGAUAAACCACCUGGAUGUUGCUUUAAAAUAAGUAGAAACCUCAACAACAUAGAAGGGGGAAAAAUUAAAUAUAUCUAUGGACAUACAAACAACCACUAGAUACAAUGAAUCAAAAUUUGGGGGUUGGGGAAUGUAUAGCAACUAAAGUGCUUUUGGCUGCAAGUAACAACACUGGCUAAACCAUAACAGUGUUUAUUUUUAGCUUAAGAAUUUUGGACGUAGGAGGUUCAAGAGUUCAUUCAAUGGCCUUGAUUUUAUCAAGGACCAGAUUCUUUUCAUUUUUCUGUUCCAUCAUCUUCAGCUUUACUUUUCAUUUCUGGGGCUGUUGCCUCAUGGUCACAAAAUGACUGCCACAGCUCCAACCAAUAUCCCAAGCAAGAUGGUAAUGUAAGUUCUCUUUGCCUUUUAUCAGAAAUUAAAAAAAAAAAAAAUCUUUCCCAGAAUCUCCUGUUAGACACUACCCCCCUUAGUCUCAUUGGACAAAACAAGGUCAAAGGCCCACUGUAAAACCGAUUACUUAGCUUGAUACUUGAUUCAUCUUCAAUAGCUGGGAGUGGGGCCCAUUUCCUGGAAUAUGGAUGGUUAUCCACCGAAAGUGAUUGCAUAACUGGUGAAGGUAUUAGGGAAUUGCUUUUGGGAGGCAGGCAGUAGUGGUUACUGAGUGUUUUUUAAAGGUGGAAAAAGAUAUUGUGUACCCACCUUUGAGGGGGUCACACUCUUAUAAGGAGUUAAUUAUGUGUUAUUUGAAAAGUGUUACUUAGAGGUAUUUAUAGCAAAGAAGACUUGAAGCACUUACUGAUGAAAAUCAAAGACUACAGCCUUCAGUAUGGAUUACAUUUCAAAACAAAAAUCCUCAAAACUGGGUCAAUAAGCAACAUCAUAAGUGAAGAAAAUACUGAAAUGAAUUUUAUUUUACUUAGAUCCACAAUCAACGCCAUGGAAGCAGCAGUCAGGAAAUCAAACGACGUAUUGCAUUGGACAAAUCUGCUUCAAAAGACCUCUUCAAAGUGUUAAAAAGCAAAGAUAUCACCGAGGACUGAGGUGCAUCUGGCCCAAGCCAUGUAUUUUCACAUAUGCAUGUGAAAGCUGGACAGUGAAUAAAGAAGAUGGAAGACGAAUUGAUGCCUUUGAGUUAUGGUGUUGGCAAAGAACAUCAAAUAUACCAUGGACUGUCAGGAGAAUGAAUAAAUCUGUCUUGGAAUAAGUACAACCAGAAUGCUCCUUAGCAAGGAUGGCAAGACUGACAUACUUUAAACAUGUUAUCAGGAGGGAUCAGUCCCUGGAGAAGGAUAUCCUUGGUAGAGAGGGUCAGUGAGAAAGAGGAAGACCUUCAGUGAGAUGGAUUGACAGUGGCUUCAACAAUAGGGUCAAACUGUGAGGAUGACACAGGAUGUUUCAUUUUGUCGUACACAGGGUCACUGAGUCAGAACAAACUCAACGGCACAACAACCAGUGCCACAACAUAGCAUGCUAUAUACAAGAGGUGAGACUUUGUAUUCUCAGGAGCCAUGAACAGGCCAAGAAUGUUUUUAGUGAAAGGACUACAGUUAGAAGUAGACGGUUCUCUGGUGUAAACUGUUAACUGGUAUCUUGUCUCCCUGGCUCUGAAUGGAAAUAACUGGAUAUUAUUAUUAUAAAUGCAAAUCUCAGCUCCUAUUAUAAUAAAAACCAGUUGCUGUCAAGUUGAUUCCAACUCAUGGGGACCCCCCCCCCCAUGAGCAGAGUAGAACUGUAUUCCCUAGGGUUCAAGGCUGUGUUAUUUUGGAAACAGAUCACCAGGCCUUUCUUCCAAGGUGCCCCUGAGUGGGUACCAACAGCCUACCUUUCAGUUUUCAGUCGAGCGCUUGACCCUUUGCACCACUCAGGAACUCCUAUCACAAUACCCCCCACCCAAAAAAAAGCUCAUGGCAACUGCAUGCGUUACAGAGCAGAGCUGCUGUGUAGGGUUUUCUUGGCUGAUUGUCAGGAUUUUUUUUCUGAAGUGCUGCUGGGCAGGUUUGAAUCGCCAACCUUUAGGUUAGUCAAGGGCAAACCAUCCAGGGAUCUUAUCAUCAUAAUAGAAGAUAAAAUUUUUUAUUUUAAUAAAUCUGUGAAGUAGAGGUUUAUUUUGGUGUUCAUUGAUACAAAUGAAAUUUUUAAUAAUUAAAAUUAGAAAUUUGUAGGUGGGAUCAUUUAUCAAUAUAUAACCUGAAAUUUUAUGAAUAUAUGACCAGCCCUACUUAUAAGGGAGGAAAGAAAAAAACCACGACUUUCAAGAUCGGUUUCAUUUCUAAGAAGUAUCUAAUCUGUGGAAAGAAGGGAAAAGAAAUUUUUUAAAUAAAAUUAUGAAAAUAGUAUUACUACUGUUCACAAAGUUUUUUCUUUGAGCUGGACCCUAUGAUAAAUACUUUGUGCAUAUUAUCUCGUUUCCUCAUUUUAACAACUCUUUAUCAUUUUUUAGGUGAGAAAAUUUAGAUCAGAAAUUAGCUGCUGGGAGGUAGCAGGGGUAGUGACCAGAAGAGCCAGGAUUCUCUACUCCAAAGCCCAGUUCCUGACCAUCAAUUACGCUGCAUUAAGACACUCGUGCAAACCGUACCUACUUUAGUAGUUACAGCUGGUGGCAGCUUUGAAAAUUUCAUUUCGGUUUAAAAUUUAGGGUUGAGUGUGAUGUGUGUGUGUGUUUUCUCUUAACCGCCAAUCUUAAAAUUCCUGUCUAUUUUCGUUGCUUAUAUGUCGAUCUGUAUUUUGUAGCUUUCCUCUAAAUAUUAGAAUCCUUUUUCCUCCUGUGGAAAUACGUGCCCUGAUUUAUUGGACAUAAAGACAGAAAGUUUUAAAAAAUGUUUUAUACAGCUUUUCAAGCAUAUAUCCUAAAAGUGUACCUGAUUUAUUUUUAACCCACUUUUAAAAAUUCAUCCAAAAAAAAAAAAUACACUGUUUUGUGGGACAAAUUAUAAAGUACCUAAAAUGUGUCAGUCUAUGGCAGGUGCUGGAGAUACAGAAGACAGGUACUAUUGUAAAGUUUUACAGCGUGAUGAGGAAGGCAUCCCUGAACAGGAUUGCAGUCUGCAAUGAGGUCGCUGUAGCAGAGGCUGCCGCUCGCCCCUAAUAUGCAUUCCCACCUUGCUCUUUACUAGUGAAGUUCCCGAGUGUUUGCUGGCCACAUGGCCAUCUGAAAGACUACAUUUCCCAGUUUCCAUUGUAGUUAAGAGGGGCUGCUUACCAAGGACUCAACCAAAGGCAUGUAAUCAAAAGGUUUGUGUGGAACUUUUGAAGCAUCCUGCCCUCCUUCCUCUCUGCAGGCUGGAAUGCAGAUGGGAUGGCUAGAACUCAAGUAAGUAGCUUUGGAUUGAGGUGAAGCCACUUGCUGAGGAUGGUGGGAAGAAGACGGGAGGAGUCUGAGGCCCUGAUGGCUUGCAAAGUAGCUGCCUUGCUAGUCCUAACUUCUUGCCUCUGGAUGUGUUUUAUAUGAGAGAGAAAUAAGUAUCUUUCUGGUUUACGUCAUAUUUAUUUUUAGUUUUCUGUCACUAAAUGCAAAUCCAAAUUCCAACCAGCACAGCUACUAAAAGGUUCCAGGCAGGAAUGCGGAAUGUAAAUGAAGAGCGUGGAGAUCACUAAGCCGUCAUGGAUCCCUCCAAAAUGGCAAACUGAACCUUUUUCUUUGGAUUGGUAGGUCAGGAGAGGGUCUCAGAAUACCCUGGUUUUAGCACAGCGUUUGAAUGCUAUUUCAUAGCUUUCCAAAAAAGAAAAAAAAAAAAAGGCGGGUGAUAAA